AAUCAGAGGAGGAGCUCACCUGUUUACAGCACAAACCAUGGAAAACAUGUGGACUCAGCAGCAUGUAUGAGGAYAUAGAGGACAACGUUCCUCCCUCUGAAACUACACUGUGUGGGGAACAUGAGAGUAGGAUCAUCUGUACCUGUCAAGGACUUGUGUCCAGCAUCAACAAACUGGACCAGGACCCAGCUGUGUGUAACAGUCCAAGGAAUAGAUGGAUGAAUGUGUCCUUCAGGUGGUAAAGUCCCGCCUCUCAGACUGAAGCAUCCUGACCUGAAGGGGCGGAGUUAUGACCAUCUUGGUAAAAAGGACUGACCUCAGAAGGCCAGAAGGUCAUCAGCUGCAGAUGUCCAUCUAAUGAUGAUCUUUUAGGAGUUUCAUUCAAAUGCAUACAGUGGUUGAUGAGAUAUUUUGCUGACAGACACAGCAGUUCAGUCUGCAUGUUUCAUGUGUCACACCUGAAGCCUCCAGCAGCAAGUGCCCUUCCUGUUCAGACAUGUUUCUGUCUUCAGUCUGCAGUAAAUCACAGCUCCAGGAAGCAGCUCGCCUGACGCUCUCCUCUCAAAGUUUUUACAUGAUUGGAUUGUUGCAACAAACCGUGAAGGUGUGGAUGUGAGUCAGAACCAUGGAUCGAUGGAAUGAUGUUGAGGAGAAUGCUCCUCUGCUUGGAGAACCCAGGGUCAAAGGUCAAAGAACAGAACAAAAUUCCACUCAAACAUCAAGUCACAGUUUCAUCUCAACAUGUCUGACCUGGUGCUGCUCCUUCUGUAAUCCUCAGAGACCUGACUCUCCAGAGUCUGAACCUGUGUCUGGACCAGAACCCAGACCUGAACAUGAAUCUUUACUACAGCCUGAAUAUGGAACUAUAUAUGAACCAGGACCCAUACUAAGACCUGAACCAGAACCCUUACAAAGAGCUGAACCCCUACCAGGACCUGUCAUAAGACCUGAACCAGGACCCAUACAAGGAUCUGGACCUUUAUUAGGAUCUGAACAUAAAACUUUACGUGGACCCAAACCAUUACUUGGACCUGCAACAAAGCCUGAACCAGAACCAAUACAAAGACCUGCACCUCAAUCUGCAUCAAGACCUGAACCAGAACCAAUACAAAGACCUGAACCAGAACCAAUACAAAGACCUGAACCAGAACCAAUACAAAGACCUGAACCAGAACCCAUUCAAAGACCUGAACCAGAACCCAUACAAAGACCUGAACCAGAACCCAUUCAAAGACCUGAAACAGAACCCUUACAAAGAGCUAAAGCACUACCAGGACCUGUCAUAAGACCUGAACCAGGACCCAUACGAGGAUCUGGACCUUUAUUAGGAUCUGAACAUAAAACUUUACGUGGACCCAAACCAUUACCUGGACCUGCAACAAAGCCUGGACCAGAACCAAUACUAAGACCUGCACCUCAAUCUGCAUCACGACCUGAACCAGAACCAAUACCAAGACCUGCACCAGAACCAAUACCAAGACCUGAACCAGAACCAAUACAAAGACCUGAACCAGAACCCAUACCAAGACCUGAACCAGAACCCUUACAAAGAGCUAAAGCGCUAACAGGACCUGUCAUAAGACCUGAACCAGAACCAAUACUAAGACCUGAACCAGAACCAAUACAAAGACAUGAACCAGAACCCAUACCAAGACCUGAACCAGAACCCACACAAAGACCUGAACCAGAACCCAUACCAAGACCUGAACCAGAACCAAUACUAAGACCUGAACCAGAACCCCUACAAAGACCUGAACCAGAACUCCUACAAACACCCAAACCAGAACCAAUACAAAGACCUGAACCAGAACCCAUACAAAGAUCUGAACCAGAAAAAAUACAAAGAUCUGAACCAGAACCCACACAAAGAUCUGAACCAGAACAAAUACAAAGACCUGAACCAGAACCAAUACUAAGACCUGAACCAGAACCCCUAAAAACACCUGAACCAGAACCAAUACAAAGAUCUGAACCAGAACCAGAACCCAUACAAAAACCUGAAUCAGAACCCAUACAAAGACCUGAACCAGAACAAAUACAAAGAUCUGAACCAGAACCCAUACAAAGACCUGUUCUUGAAUUAGAACCUGAAACUGAGUAUGCAACAGAAGCUGAACCUGAAUCUAAUCUUGAACCAGGACCUAUACUAGAACCUGGAGCCGAUUCAACAUUGGAAUCCGAACCCAUAUCAGGACUUGUCCCAAAAACUGGAUCUGAACUUGUAUUAAAUCCUAAACAAGAAUCCAUUCAAGAACCUGUACCUGUAUUUGUACCAGAGGCUAAACCCAUAGCAGAACCUGAACCUGAAUCUGUAUCAAAACCUGAACCAGAAUUUGUACUUGAAGGACUCACAACCGGACCUAUUCUUACUGGACCUGAAUCAGAUUCUGAAUCAAAACCAGAAUCUGAAUCAUUUUAUGAACCAGAACCAGUAACCAAAUCUGGAUCUGCCUCUGUAUCAAAACCUAAACAAGAACUCAAACUAGGACCAAUUCUUGAACUAGAAUCAGAACCAGAACCUGUAUCUGAACCAGAACCAGAAAGUGCACAUGAAACUGGACCUGAAUCUGAAUCUUUAUCUGAACCAGGAUCUGCAUCAAAACUUGUACCAGAAUCCAAACCUGAACCAGAAUCUGCAUCUGAACCUGUACCAGAAUCCAAACCUGAACAAGAACCCAAACCUGGACCUGUUCUGGAACUAGAAUCAGAAUCUGUAUCUGAACCUGAACUAGAACAUGCACAUGAAUCUGGAACUGAAUUUGAAUCUUUACCUGAACCAGAUUCUGCAUCAAAAGCUGUACCAGAAUCCAAACCUGAACUAGAAUCUGUAUCUGAACCAAAACCUGAACAUGCACAUGAAUCUGGACCAAAACCUGAACAAGAACCCAAACCAGGACCUGUUCUUGAACUAGAAGUAACAAUGGAACCUGUAUCAGAACCUGAUCUUGUGUCAACAACUAAACCUAAAUCUGCAACUAAACCCAAACCUGAACCAGAAACCAAACAAGGACUUGCACCAGAAUUUGGAUCUGAACCAGUAUUUAAAACUGAACAUGAAUAUUUCGCUGAACCUGAACUCAUACCAGCACCUGCACAUAAAACUGGACCUGAACCUGACUCUGGAUCAAAACCUGAACAAGAACCUGUUCUCGAAUCAGUACCUGAACCAGAAUCUGUAUCUGAACCUGACUCUGCAUCAAAAUCUGUAACAGAAUCCAAACUUGUUCUUGAACCAGAACCUGUACCAGAAUCUGUAUCUGAACCUGAACCUGCACAUAAACCUGGGGCUGACUCCGGAACAAAACCUGAACCCAAACCAGGACCUGUUCUUGAAUAGGAACCAGAAACAGAAUCUGUUUUUAAAUCUGAACUCUUGUCACCUGUUGAAACUGAAUCUAGGCUUAAGCCUGACUAUACUGAACAGGUGAGAUCAGGGUCACCUAAACAUGACCUUAGAGUCAUGAAGACUUGACUCUCAAGAUGACAGUUUGGUUUUUAAUAACUCUGGUUUUUAUUACUUGGAGUGAUGCAAAUCAUCUUUUUAUUUUUAUUUUUCUAGCAGCUGUUGUUCAUUAAGUUGCUUUAGCGCGUCCCUUUGGUUCAGUCGUUCAUCACUGUUUAUUGUAUUAAAGUCUUUAUAGUUUCAUCAGUCCACUUACCUUUGGACAGAAGCAACAGAUCUUCAGAACUCAGCUGACUUGUUCCUCACAGCUCUAUGGUUUUUAUUUUGUUUUCUACACAUCAUUAUUGAUAUUCUUCACAAAGACCAGAGGGAUGUUUUCACAGAAUAAAGAGUGAAUAAUUUGACUUUAGUUUGAAUCUCAUAGAAUUAUUUCUUUUAUUCUCACACUGUAGCAGUCUCCUUCCACAAUGUUUUCAUUUUAACAGAUUUAUCUCGAUAUUCAUUUGUUCCAAUGAGUACUGGAGUUCAUUUAUUGUCUCUAACUGUAAAAUAUUUCUUAAAAGUCUUGAUUUUUUGAAACUUGAAUACUUAAUUCUGGGAAUAAAUUGCAAUAAAAGUWCUUUCUUAGGUCUUUUUUCCUCAACAGUCUAACGCCAACAAUAGUGCAAAUAAUGACUGUAUAAACAUUUUUAUU